UCACUCUCUUAGCGGCCAUCAACCUCCUUUGUCUAACCAGAGCAGACACUUCUCCUCUUGGAUCAUCCACCGGUCCAUCUCCCCCUUUUGGUUGCCGUUUUAGGAAGAGGAAUGGACGACUAUUUCUCAUCAGCCCUGCCACUCUUACUGCUAUUAAUGGAACAAGGAUUCAAAUUUGAUCCAUCCGAUGAAGAGUUAAUAAGGAAGUAUCUGGUGCCGAAAACCCGUGGUGAUAUCAUGAGAGGCUUGCCCAUGGCAGUCGUUAACCUUUGCGAGCAUGAGCCAUGGGAUCUACCUGGUAAAUCCAUUAUAAAGUUAGCCGGUCAAGUAACGUGGUAUUUCAUAUGCCCUCGCGAUCUUAGGGGCAAAGUUCACCGCAGAAAAACCAAGGCCGGAUACUGGAAACCGACCAGCCAGCAAAAGUCAAUAACGGCUGAGGGUACUAAGAAAGAGAUUGGGGUAGUGAGGACUUUGAGAUUCUAUGAAAAACAAGUGAGGACUGGUUGGAUGAUAUACGAAUUUGACCUCAUCGCCAAAUCUAGCCAGUUUAAAAAGGGGCAAUUUGUUCUCUGUAAACUGGAGUUUGAUUCAAAAGGAGAGAAGAGCAAGAAAGGUGAACAAAGCCACCAUAUAGCUCCAGUCUUCCAUUCUGAAGUUGAACCAAGUCAGAGUAUGGAUUCUGAUUCUGAAAAUAUAAACCCAAGUGAGAUGGCUAUGAGAUAUUCGCCUUGUGAUGAAAGUGAAUUAAGCCAUCAUGCGGGUUCCCAUUUUGGAAAUCAAAAUCCAAGUGAGCUGAUGAAUAAGUCAGCUCGCCAACUUAGUGAGUUAAGCCACCAUAUGGCUCCUGAGUUUAGAAACCAUAACUCAAACAACCUAAUGCCUAAUUUAGUUUAUGAUGGAAGUGGGUCAAGCCACUCCACGGUUUUUAAUUGUGAAGAUCAAUACUGGAAUCAGCCUACAGUUGAUUCAGCUUAUAAUGGAAGCGAAAGCCCUUACAUGGCUUUCGAUUCUGAAAAUCAAAACCCAAAUGAGCUCCCGACAGUUGAUAAUCCAACUUCUAAUGUCAACAAAAACCAUGGCAUGGCUUUUGGUUUGGCAAAUCAUAACCCGAAUGUAUCGCUGACAGUUGAUAAUUCAACUUCUAAUGUCAGUGAAAGUCACCAUAUGGCUCGAUAG